AUGGAGUCCGUUUUGGAAAGGUGGGAAAGGCAUUGGCGACCUUCCAAGGGCUUCCAAGUACGCACAGGUGGAUUCUGGUGCUGUGCCGGGUUUCGGACCAUCGCCCGGGCCCCGUGUGCCUUGAUCUUCCGUGCGUUUCAGAUGUUGGCCCAUCGAGACAAGGAGAGAUACCUUGCCCACUUGGCUGCGCUGGCUGAGCGCUAUGAUGAGGUGAUCGAACACAUGAAGCAAGUCAUUCAAACUGGACCCCAGCUGAGCGUUGAAGAGCGCAACCUGCUCUCCGUGGCCUACAAGAACAAGGUUGGCAUGCUCCGAAGCGCCUUCCGUGCCAGCCAGGGUGUAGCAAAGACUGCCUCUAGCGACGAGGCUCAAUAUGCCGAAGAAUAUCUUCAGAAGGCGCAAGAAGAAGGAAUUCGCUCCUGUGAGGACCUCAUUGCUCUGCUGGAAGAUCUCUUGCUGCCCAAUGCCUUGGAUCCUGAAAUGAAGGUCUUCUUUCUGAAGAAUCGGGCGGAUUACUAUCGCUACACCGCCGAGUUCCGCGGGACUGACCGAGCUGCCGUUGCGCGGGCCAGCGAGGUCUACCAGGAAGCGAUAGAUGCAGUGCAGGAGCACCUUGCAACAACUCAUCCGAUUCGCCUGGGUAUGGCCUUGAGCCGAGCUGUUUUCAGUUAUGAGAUCCUGAAUUUAAAGCCAGAAGCCUGCAACAUAGCUCGCAAGGCUUUUGAUGAUGGCCUGAAAGAAUUAGAUGAAAUCCCAGAAGAGCACUACAAGGACUCCACGCAAAUUCUUCAAAUGCUCCGCGACCAUUUGACACAGUGGACCAGCGCAGUGGAGUAG